AUGGCUUUCUACCCGAGCCCACAAAAUUUGGAUUUUUAUAUUUUGAUUGCUUUGGUAUGGUUUUCCUUUUUCGGGUUUUGGUUUCUUAAUACAUAUUUCUGAAACAAAGAGCACAGUUCAUUUUUGCAAAAAUCAAUGACAUUCAUGAUUUUCUUUAAACUUAUCCACUGUGUUUUUCAAGUAAUUCUUAUAAUUGCAGAGUUUGAAAAUAUGUAUUAUGUUUGAUUUUGUCAUACAGCAGCUUAUACACUCUUCAAUACAAUUUCAUAUAUGAUCUUCCUACUUAUAAGCCAAGGAUUUGGGUUAUACAAAUCCUCACUCAAUAAAAAGGAACUAUCAGUAACUGUGGUAACGAUGAUUGUGUUUUAUGCUUGCUUUACUGUGUAUUCUCUAAAUGAAAUUGCAAUGUUUCCUUUGCUUUUAACUUUUCUUGCAACCUGUGGAUACUUCAUUUUGAAGUUUGCAUUUUACACGACAAAAUGCCUUAAAUUGAGAUAUGAACUUUUACAAAUCUUAGAGAUGAGAAACUUAGCACAAGUUGUUAUAAAGAAAUUAAAAAUACUUAAGAAAUAUCUUGGCUUUGUGACGUUUCAUCUUGUGUCACAUUUUAUACCCGCAUUUUUGAUUUUUUCUAAUUACAAUGGUUCAAUUAAUAUGCUAUAUUAGAUUGCAUUUAACUACAAUAAUUAAAAUAUAAAUCCCUCUAUUAAUGACAAUACUACAAUUUAUAAUAAUUAUGAGCUUAGCUUAUAAUAGUAUAUAUUGCCACAUGAAACUAAUACAAGAUUCUUUGGAGAAAUAUGUGAAUAUUUAUCAAUUGUCGCCAUAUGUUUUUUAUUUAGAUCAAAAAAUCGAGGCGAAAUCUUUAUCCAAGAAACCCAAACACUUCUAAACUACCGUUCAAUACUCCCGAUUUAUGAAGCAAGAAUUACCGAUCUUCCUUCUAGGCGUAUUAAAAACACCCCUGAGAUCCCUCCAUUGCUAAUAACGAACCCAACAUAUGAAGAAAAAGUAUCACUUUUUGUCGCAAUCCCAAUUUUACGAGAAAAUCGGACUGAUGUAAGUCCAGAUGAAGUCUUAAUCCAGCCAUUACUGAGUGAUGUGCAUUAA